AAUGUAAUCAGAAAUCAUUCUUGAUUUCUGUUUAUAUACCCAUGGAUGCCCGGUUUAAGAGCAUCCAGUUUUUCUGCGUAUUUCACUAGUUUCUCUUAACUUUUGAUUUUAAUCAUAAAAAUUCUUGUAUUUACGCACUUACUCAUGGAUUUCGUUCGAUGUGUGCGUAUGGGAUAGGGUACUGGGAUAGCUGCAUUGACGGCUUUGGUAUGCGUCCCACCGCUUCUACGCACACCAGCCCGUCAGGAAACUAAACAAGAGUAGGGAUAAUGGCAAGCUAUUUGUGGCGGAAAUAUGCAGAUUAUUUGUACUCGAAGUGGGAAAAAACAAUUCUCUGGGACAUGGUUGAUCCUUACAGGCGACCCAAAUCUUUCACCCCUCUUGUUUCGCUCUAUGUCCUUGCUUUCUAUACAGGUGUCAUUGGGUCUGCUAUCACAGAGCAACUCUACAAGGAGAAGUACUGGGAAGAUCACCCUGGUGAAGCAGUGCCGAUUAUGAGGCCAAAGUUCUACAAAGGUCCUUGGAAGAUACUCAAAGGCGACAUUCCCCCUCCUGGUCAGUGAAAUAUGCAACCAACCUGUUGAACACCCACUGUAAUCUUCUGUCCUCACAGCGAUACUACUGGUUUUAAAGCAAACAGAAAAGUCCUUGUCCAACAUAGAACUUGUAUAAGCUAUUAUUGCCUGCUUGUGUUUGGAAACAGAUACUAUUAGAAAGCACUUCUCAGAAGGAUAUGAUUCGUGCUUUAUAUGCACUGUACAAGCCUUUUAAGGUUAUAAAAUGAGAUCUGAUUGUGCUA